CGUUUAUAUUAUAAAGGGAAAUAUAAUUUCACUAAAUUUUUUUUAGAGUGAAUAGAUCCUUUCACAACAAAUAAUUGUAAUGAAGCUCUUUGAAAGCACACAUGCCUUUGAGUACUCCUGGGAACAGGUUACAGCAGCCAAUUGGCAAAAAUACCCUAAUGAACUUGCGACACACGUUGUUUCCGUUGAUGUAUUGAACAGAAGUAUUGAUGUUGAAAAGAAGACAUUGAGAACUGAAAGAUUGAUUGGUUGUAAACAAUCGAUUCCUCUGUGGCUCCGAUUCAUUGUAGGAGGAGAAGAAUAUUCAUACGUGCGAGAAGUUAGUGAAGUCGACCUUGUUAAUAAAACCUUGGUUAUGAAAUCAAGUAAUUUAACGAUGAAUCAUCUUCUUUUAGUUAAUGAAACGGUGAUUUAUAAACCAGAUUCAGAAUUACCAAAUUCUAGAACAUCAUUUAAACAAGAAGCUGAAAUCACCGCAUUUGGUUCUAUUACUAGAAUUUGUGACAAAUUAGAAGAAUGGUCAGUGGAAAGAUUUGGACAAAAUGCCAGUAAGGGGAAAUUAGGAUUUGAAUCAGUUUUAAAAGUAUUAACCGAAAAAUGGGAAGAAUCGGAAACAUUUGUUUCAGAAGUUAGUGACUCCAUUAUCAAGGAUAUUAGUGAAGUUGGAGAUAAGACUCACGGAGUUUUACAAGAGGUUACCAAAUUGGGGAACGUAUUCAAAAGAGAUUAGAGUUUAAUCCCAUUGUAUGCAUCGAGUUCCCGAAUAUUUAUUAUACAUUUCAUGAUUAUACGAUUGAUUGAUGAUUAAACAUUUAUGGUUAUUUUUUUAUCUUUAAAAAUUUCGUUUUAAAAGAGUUUCAGAAUAACCCACAUUUGCAAUUUUACAGCAUUUCAUUUUUAGUUCCACGAGAAAAGAGGUACUUUACCAUCUUUUAACAUCUUUAUUCUUACCAUUAUUACGCAUAUCCAUAUAGAUUAUUUAUUACAUUUAUUGAAUCACUUGUACAUAGAAGAAUUUAUCAGUUUUUAAUAUAAA